AUGGAUGUUGCUGGUGGUUCUGGUUCUUUGUUAAAGGGAAUGGUGGAUCAUGGGGAAGUACCUCAUGUACUUGCUGUUGAUGACAGUCUCAUUGAUCGUAAACUUGUCGAAAAGUUGCUGAAGAACUCCUCUUGCAAAGUGACUACAGCAGAGAAUGGGUUAAGAGCAUUGGAAUAUCUGGGCUUGGGAGAUGAUCAAAAUAGAUCGAAUGGCAAUGGUUCAAAGAUAAAUUUGAUAAUCACAGAUUAUUGCAUGCCAGGAAUGACAGGAUAUGAACUGCUUAAGAAAAUUAAGGAGUCCUCUAUCAUGAGUGAAGUUCCAGUUGUAGUAAUGUCAUCAGAGAACAUCCCAACUCGAAUCAACAAAUGCUUAGAAGAAGGAGCUCAAAUGUUCAUGUUGAAGCCCCUCAAGCAAUCAGAUGUUAAGAAGUUGAGAUGCCAAAUGAUGAAAUGUGGACGGUAA